AUGUCGAGCGGUUUUGGCAUUGCUGGAGGACGAGGACGCUGCUUUAACUUUUGGCAAGAGUUUACCAGGUGCCAUGUUCAGGCAGAGUCCACCAAGGAGUGUGUGCAACUAUUCGAAGACUACCAGGAGUGUCUAUACCAUAGGAAAGAG